CGAACUCCAGUUUUUUAAGGCUCACUUCUGUGGCCCUGAAACCUGGUCCUGGCUGGAGUAAGAAGCCCAGAAAACCCUUAGCAAUCUAACUUCCUUCCUAGUAACGGAUCUCCUUGGAGCUCCUCCUAAUCCGAAGCCAGGAGGAGGAGGAGGCGUAAAACCGGAUGUUGACUGUUUUACCAUAGUAAUAGGCACGAAUCCGGAAGUGACGCCAGAAGAAGAGGAAGUGAAGGUUACAGGGUAUCCACGUGGGUUCGGAGCGUGUUUCUACGUACCUGGAAGCCGGUCCUUUAAGCUGACUCCCAGCCACGGCUUAGUCAACAUGGGUCGCUCGGGGAAGUUGCCCUCUGGUGUCUCAGCUAAGUUGAAGCGCUGGAAGAAAGGCCACAGCAGCGACAGCAACCCCGUCAUCUGCCGCCACCGCCAGGCCGCCCGCAGCCGCUUCUUCAGCCGGCCGUCAGGAAUGAGUGACCUGACAGUCGAUGCUGUGAAGUUACAUAAUGAGCUGCAGUCAGGGUCCUUGCACCUGGGCAAGAGGGAAGCCUCUGAGACGCCCAUGGAAGAAGAGGCGGAGCUGGCUGUCACCGAGAAGUCCUCAGGCACCUUCCUGAGUGGCCUUUCCGACUGCACAAACGUCACCUUCAGCAAAGUGCAGCGCUUCUGGGAGUCCAACUCGGCUGCCCACAAGGAGCAGGAUUUGAACCUCAGAUACUGUGGUUCUUGGUCACACCUGUUCUGCUGGGCACAUGUUCCCCUGCUGUCUUUCCUGCUACUCAGUGUAAGGUUUUAUCCAUUCACACCCCCUCGAUCUGGCCCUCAGAUGACAACAAUGGAAGCAGUGGAGUCCCCGGAGUCCCUGGCUGCUGUUGCUUACCUGCUGAACCUCGUCCUGAAGCGUGUUCCCAGCCCUGUGCUCAUUAAGAAGUUCUCUGAUACCUCCAAAGCCUUCAUGGAUAUCGUGUCAGCCCAGGCCAGCAGCGGCUCCACCUCUGUCCUCCGAUGGGUCCUGUCCUGCCUGGCCACCCUUCUGCGGAAGCAAGACCUGGAGGCGUGGGGCUACCCCGUGACCCUUCAGGUGUACCAUGGGCUGCUGAGCUUCACAGUGCAUCCCAAGCCCAAGAUCCGGAAGGCUGCCCAGCAUGGAGUAUGCUCAGUUCUCAAGGGGAGUGAAUUCAUGUUUGGAGAAAAGGCCCCUGCCCAUCAUCCUGCCGCUGUUUCCACCGCUAAGUUCUGUAUCCAGGAGAUUGAGAAGUCUGGAGGCUCCAAGGAGGCCACCACCACACUGCACAUGUUGACACUGCUGAAGGACCUGCUGCCCUGCUUCCCAGAAGGCCUGGUGAAGAGCUCCAGUGAGACUCUCCUCAGGGUCAUGACCUUGAGCCAUGUGCUGGUGACAGCCUGUGCCAUGCAGGCCUUUCACAGCCUCUUCCACGCCAGGCCUGGCCUGAGCACCCUGUCGGCAGAGCUCAACGCCCAGAUCAUCACGGCCUUGUAUGACUAUGUUCCCAGUGAGAACGAUUUACAGCCCCUGCUGGCCUGGCUUAAGGUCAUGGAGAAAGCCCACGUCAACCUGGUGAGGUUGCAGUGGGACCUGGGGCUAGGCCACCUCCCUCGCUUUUUUGGAACUGCAGUGACCUGCCUCCUUUCCCCACACGCGCAAGUGGUGACCGCUGCCACACACAGCCUCAAGGAGAUCCUGAAGGAAUGUGUGGCUCCCCACAUGGCUGACAUCGGCUCCGUGACCUCCUCGGCCUCAGGCCCCGCCCAGUCUGUUGUCAAGAUGUUCAGGGCAGUGGAGGAGGGCCUGACGUACAAAUUCCACGCGGCCUGGAGCUCCGUGUUGCAGCUGCUCUGUGUCUUCUUUGAGGCAUGUGGGAGACAGGCCCACCUAGUGAUGAGGAAGUGCCUCCAGUCCCUGUGUGACCUGCGCCUCUCCCCUCAUUUCCCCCACACGGCGGCUCUUGACCAGGCAGUGGGGGCUGCGGUGACCAGUAUGGGACCUGAGGUGGUGCUGCAGGCUGUGCCUUUGGAAAUUGAUGGCUCUGAAGAGACUCUGGAUUUCCCACGGAGCUGGCUGCUGCCUGUCAUCCGAGACCACGUUCAGGAAACGCGACUUGGUUUCUUCACCACCUACUUCUUGCCCCUGGCUAACACCCUGAAGAGCAAAGCCAUGGACCUGGCUCAGGCAGGCCACACAGUGGAGUCCAAGAUCUAUGACACACUCCAGUGGCAGAUCUGGACGCUCCUGCCUGGGUUCUGCACGAGGCCCACAGAUGUGGCCGCCUCCUUCAAAGGACUGGCACGGACGCUGGGCAUGGCCAUCAGCGAGCGUCCAGACCUGAGGGUCACUGUGUGCCAGGCCCUGCGCACCCUCAUCACCAAGGGCUGUGAGGCAGGUCUGAUGGGGACCAGCACAGUGGAGCAGCUGCUGGAAAACGUGUGCCUGCUUCUGGCCUCCCGCACCCGUGACGUGGUCAAGUCUGCACUGGGCUUCAUCAAGGUGGUGGUGACUGUCAUGGGCGUGGCACACCUGGCCAAGCAUGUGCAGCUGGUGAUGGAAGCCAUUGGGAAGCUUUCAGAUGACAUGCGGCGGCACUUCCGCAUGAAGCUUCGGAACCUCUUCACCAAGUUCAUCCGCAAGUUUGGAUUUGAGCUGGUGAAAAGGCUGUUGCCGGAGGAGUACCACAAAGUCCUGGUAAACAUCCGGAAAGCUGAGGCCCGGGCCAAGAGGCACCGAGCCCUGAGCCAGGCUGCCGCAGAGGAGGAAGACGAGGAGGAGGACGAGGAGCCCGCCCAGGGCAAAGGCGACAGCAUUGAGGAGAUUUUGGCUGACUCAGAGGAUGAGGAGGAUGAUGGGGAGGAGGAAAGAAGCCGGGGCAAGGAGCAGCGGAAGCUGGCGCAGCAGAGGAGCCGAGCAUGGCUGAAGGAGGGUGGCGGGGACGAGCCCCUCAACUUCCUGGAUCCCAGGGUGGCCCAGCGAGUCCUGGCCACACAGCCAGGGCCGGGCCGGGGCAGGAAGAAGGACCAUGGCUUCAAAGUGAGCGCUGAUGGCCGACUGAUCAUAAAGGAAGACGACACCAACAAGAUGGAGGAAGAGGAAGGCGCCAAAGGUGAGGAUGAAGAGAUGGCUGACCUAAUGGAAGACGUGAUUGUCAGGAAUAAAAAGCACCAGAAGCUCAAGCACCAGAAAGGGGCUGAGGAGGAGGAGCUGGAGAUGCCCCCUCAGUACCAAGCUGGAGGCUCUGGCAUUCAUCGCCCUGUGGCCAAGAAGGCUAUGCCUGGGGCCGAAUACAAGGCCAAGAAAGCAAAAGGUGAUGUGAAGAGGAAAGGCCGGCCAGAUCCCUAUGCCUACAUCCCCCUCAACAGAACCAAGCUCAACCACAGGAAGAAGACGAAGCUGCAGGGACAGUUCAAAGGCCUGGUAAAAGCUGCCCGGCGAGGUUCCCAGGUGGGACACAAAAACCGCAGAAAGGAUCUUCGGCCCUGAGGCCCAGGGCCCCGGGGCUGCCUUGCCACCAGCUCCAGGUGCUCGACUCUGGCAGAGCCUGGACUCAGGAUGACUUGGAAAUAGGGCUUGGCUCUCAGAGAGAAGUCCUGGAUUUAUAAACUCCAAAUGGGAAUCACCCUUCAGAGACAUCCCUGGUGCCUGGAGGUGGGAAGGUGGCCUCAGUGCCUCUGAAUAGGUGCAAUGAGGCACCUUUGCUUUCUGCCCAGAUGGCCAUGAGCCCCAGAGCAGAUGAUCUCCGUUUCCACCGCUGCUUGUAGCCACAUGGCACCCUGGCUGUGGUCUGGGUGUGUGAGAUUUAUUGUGACACGAUAUAGAAUAAAUGUGUCUCAUCCUGCA